UGGGAUUACAGGCUUGAGCCACCGCGCCCGGCCCAUCCUAAAUAUUUUAAGAAACCACCGUUUUGCAGCACACUUGCUACCUUGGUCUUAGCUCUGGGCUCUGCUGUCCUCUGGCAGUACUGCUGCAUUGCCUUCUCUCUCCACAUCUGCCCACCCCUCUGUCCCAGAGAGAUUUUUCUGUAGCCCCUCAUCUGCAGAGUCCGACAGCUCAGGGUCGAGGGUCUUUCUUAACAGUAAUCACCCCCUAUGCUGCCGCCCUGCAUUUCCGGACCUGUUUCCUGUGGCUCCUCUCCUGCACUUUACACUUCAGCAGUUCUUGUUUCUGCCCAUUCUGCCUUUGUUUGUCAUUUCCUGGAUCUGAAGCUGUUCUCCUACUCUUUCACAUUUCUCUUCUCGGUAAACUUCUGUGAAACCUCCCCUGAUUCCCUGCAGCAGGGUCGACCACUUCCUGAGUGUUACUUCCUCUCUUGGUGCAUAUAUCUGGUUGCACUAACCAGGCUACUGCUAGCCCGAAGGCACCUUUGUGCAAGUUGGAAAAAGACACCUACCCCUUCUUCAAGAUACUUCAUAGUACUUCCAACUGUUGGCAAACCGUCUUAAUAAAGACAGAAAUCUUUGAUGUCUCUAAUGUGCAUAGUGCCCUGCAAGCGUUGUGCAGUGCAUAGCUGUGCAGUUGUAUGUGAUAGAUCUAUGUUAUCAUUAUUUGUUUAAUUGUCUAUAUUCCCUUCAGGACUAAGGGAAAUUCCUUAUAUAUUGAUACUGUUUUUAUAUUCUUAACUUUCUGACCAGAUCAGACCCUCAGUAACUGUUUGCUAAACAAAAGAAGGAAUGAAGGUACAAAUGUAUAUCUACCUUGUCUGGGAAAAUAGCAGGAAAGGCAUGCCUGCCAAGGACUUUUACACUGAACAGACAACUUGCCUUUGCUGAUUUUGAAGAGUUGUGCUAUGAUGUGGCAAAAGUAUCCAGGAAGCAGGCAGUCAAUUCGUCUGGGAAUAAACGUCCUUUUCAGCGGUGUGUUCAGUGCUGGGGGCUUUGCCCUUGUGUAUUACCUCAUACAAAAGUUUCAUUCCAGGAGUUUAUAUUACAAGUUGGCAAUGGAGCAGCUGCAGAGCCAUCCCGAGGCACAGGAAGCUCUGGGCCCUCCUCUCAACAUCCAUUAUCUCGAGCUCACCGACAGGGAAAACUUCGUGGACAUUGCUGAUGCCAAGUUGAAGAUUCCUGUCUCUGGAUCCAAGUCAGAGGGCCUUCUCUACGUCCGCUCCUCCAGAGGUGGCCCCUUUCAGAGGUGGCACCUUGACGAGGUCUUUUUAGAGCUCAAGGAUGGUCAGCAGAUUCCUGUGUUCAAGCUCAGUGGGGAAAACGGUGAUGAAGUGAAAAACGAGUAGAGACAACCCAGAAGACCCAGCAGACCCAGCGUGCUUCUAGUCCAUCCUUCCCUCAUCUCUACUAUACGCCCACUGGGGUGGUGGCCCAUCUGAGUGGCAGACACUCCUGUAACCCAGUUUUCCAGCCACCAGCGGGAUGAUUGUAUGUGCCAGCACAUGGUAAUUUUGGUAUAAUUCCAACUUGGGCACAACGAAUGCUAUUUGUCAUUUUUAAACUGAAUCCGAAAGAAACUCCUAUUACAAAUUUAAGAUAAUUGAUUUGAAAGUGCUUUGUAUAAAAAAGCAAAUGAUAAAAGGAAUCAGAAUUAAUAAAAUGUUUGUUGAUCUUU